CCGGAGCGGGGCCGCGGGAGCCGGGCCGGGUCCGGACGGGCCGAGAUGCCCUAUAAACUGAAGAAGGAAAAGGAGCCCCCCAAGCUUGCCAAAGGCACAGCCAAGCCCAGCAGCUCGGGCAAGGAUGGUGGAGGCGAGAAUGCUGAGGAGGCCCAAUCCCAGGUGCAGUCGCAGUCGCAGUCGCAGCCCCAGCCCCAGCCCCAGCCUCAGCCACCAGCAUCCAACAAGCGUCCCAGCAACAGCACACCACCCCCCACACAGCUCAGCAAAAUCAAGUACUCAGGGGGACCCCAGAUUGUCAAGAAGGAGCGAAGGCAGAGCUCCUCCCGCUUCAACCUCAGCAAGAACAGGGAGCUGCAGAAGCUGCCUGCCCUAAAAGAUUCACCCACCCAGGAGCGGGAGGAGCUAUUCAUCCAGAAGCUGCGCCAGUGCUGUGUUCUCUUCGACUUUGUGUCGGACCCACUUAGUGACCUCAAAUUCAAGGAGGUGAAGCGGGCAGGACUGAAUGAGAUGGUGGAGUACAUCACUCACAGUCGUGAUGUCGUCACUGAGGCCAUCUACCCAGAGGCUGUCACCAUGUUUUCAGUGAACCUCUUCCGGACACUGCCACCUUCAUCGAAUCCCACAGGGGCCGAGUUUGACCCAGAGGAAGAUGAGCCCACGUUGGAAGCUGCCUGGCCGCAUCUCCAGCUCGUGUACGAGUUUUUCUUACGUUUCCUCGAGUCCCCUGAUUUCCAGCCAAACAUAGCCAAGAAGUACAUCGACCAGAAGUUUGUCCUUGCUCUCCUGGACCUGUUUGACAGUGAAGACCCUCGAGAGCGGGACUUUCUCAAGACCAUUCUGCACCGCAUCUAUGGCAAAUUCUUGGGACUCCGGGCUUAUAUCCGCAGGCAGAUCAACCACAUCUUCUACAGGUUCAUCUAUGAGACAGAACACCAUAACGGGAUUGCUGAGCUCCUGGAGAUCCUGGGCAGUAUCAUCAAUGGCUUUGCCCUGCCUCUCAAAGAGGAGCACAAGAUGUUCCUCAUUCGGGUCCUGCUUCCUCUUCAUAAGGUCAAGUCACUGAGUGUAUACCACCCUCAGUUGGCAUACUGUGUGGUCCAGUUCUUGGAGAAGGAGAGCAGUCUGACUGAACCGGUGAUUGUAGGACUUCUCAAGUUUUGGCCGAAGACCCAUAGUCCCAAGGAGGUGAUGUUCCUGAACGAGCUGGAGGAGAUCCUGGAUGUCAUUGAGCUCUCCGAGUUCAGCAAGGUGAUGGAGCCGCUCUUUCGCCAGCUUGCCAAGUGUGUCUCCAGCCCCCAUUUCCAGGUGGCAGAGCGCGCCCUCUAUUACUGGAACAACGAGUACAUCAUGAGCCUGAUAAGUGACAAUGCUGCCCGUGUCCUCCCCAUCAUGUUCCCUGCACUCUACAGGAACUCCAAGAGCCACUGGAACAAGACAAUCCAUGGGCUCAUCUACAAUGCUCUGAAGCUAUUCAUGGAAAUGAAUCAGAAGUUGUUUGAUGACUGCACACAACAAUACAAGGCAGAGAAACAGAAGGGCCGAUUCCGAAUGAAGGAAAGAGAAGAGAUGUGGCAAAAGAUUGAGGAGCUGGCUCGGCUUAAUCCCCAGUAUCCUAUGUUCCGAGCACCUCCACCACUGCCUCCUGUGUACUCCAUGGAGACAGAAACCCCCACGGCAGAAGACAUCCAGCUUCUGAAGAGGACAGUGGAGACAGAGGCUGUGCAGAUGCUAAAGGACAUCAAGAAGGAGAAGGUGCUGCUCCGGAGGAAGUCUGAACUGCCCCAGGACGUCUACACCAUCAAGGCACUGGAGGCAAGCACUUAA